AUUGGCAUGUUCCCACCAGCCAGAAAAUCGGAAGUGUCCCGCAAUCAUGUCCCAGCCAGACACAUCUUCCUUCAAGGUCCCGUCGGCGCCCGCUUCUACACGCUCCGCCAGCUUGAAAUUCCCUGUCGGCUUGCAGAACCUCGAUCGUUUCCGCGCACCAAACGAACCCAGUCCCCCACAUACACCACCAAUCGCCGCCAAUGCGAGCUUAUUCAACCCGUACAGCCAGCCCAGGAACAAGAAAACAGCGUUGGAAGAGUCUGUGGUUCGCUCCUCGCAGGAAAACAGUGGAGCUUCGCCGCGCCCUGGGAUGAACAGCAUGGAAGUUGUUAGUCAAGCCAAAAGAUCGAGGUCGUGGAGCGCUCAGGACGUGGGCAGUAAGAGGGUCCGACAUGGACUUGAGCCCCCUGCGCCUAUAAGGCCACACGUGGCUACGCCUACCCAAACGAAGAACCGGACCCAGUCAUUUGGCCUACCAGCCUUGAUGAUCGAUGAAGGGGGCAUGCAUACUUCGCCCAUGAUGGCAUCGAAUGCCGACUCUUGGUUCUCCCCGCCUCAUGAAAGCCGGGCUCGUGCAGUUCAGAUUAUGGCUGAACCACCACUUCCCGGUAAACUGAUUUGCGAUCUGCAAAACAUGGGCUUUCCUUACAAUUUUUAUGGGUCUCUUACCUAUUCACUUGCUAAGGCGACAGCGUGCACUACCGCGAAUCGAGGAGAGCCAGCGUCGAAGUCGUAAUUGGAGGUUGUGAGGAGUGGCUGUGGCUCUGCACCUACUCCGCUUAUCGCUUGCAUCCUAAAGUUGCCAUGAUCUCUUACGCAUAUCUCCUCGCAGAUAACUUGCCAGACGAAGAGCACCUCAGCUACGUUCACGAGGAUACUCAACCUCAUGAUUCCCACGCGGUACAUUCGCGUCGUCAACAUCUCCCUCACACCGGAGACGAGCCGUCUAGUAACCAGCAAUCAUCUUACCAGCAAUCGUCUCUUACCUUCGCCGAAAUGGGAGCGACACAGAAUUCCAUGGGCGAC